AUGGAAAGCAGCCGAAAACGUGCUUCUUUGGCAUGCAACUACUGUCGGAGGCGGCAAGUUUCCCUUACUCCCAUCACUGAGCGUCCCCAUGCUGACGGACAACUAGGAAACGCCGCUGCAAUGGCGCGAUACCCUCCUGCAGACUAUGCGAGGAUUCAGGUGUUGAUUGUGUUUAUAAUGAAGCCUCGAGAGACUUCCUCCUCGGAAUUCUUCCGCCGACUUGAUGCAAUUGAGAACUUUCUAUGGAGUCAACCAAGGCUUCCUGAAACACCUCAGACUGGUGAGCCAAGAAGCGGUGGUCUCGCAUUUUUGUCGACAUCUGAACAUGGGAGGGGGGAUUUUCCUCAUCCUGCCAGCAUGUUGAUUUCAUCCCCGUCGAGACCCAACCCGGCGAAUGUCUCCCAGCUCAUUAAUACAAACUCGUCUUCUUUCAUACCGCCUGAACAUGAUAUCCCACCCAUGAGUAUUCCUAUUGGCCACACAACAACAACUGAAUAUAUGCUGCAUAUGAACAGAGUGAAGACGCUCUUCGGGGAAUUUCCACCAGACCUGUUCAUACGCGCGGAAUCAAAAAGGCAUAUGCCGCACCAAUUAUCUUUUGUUCCAGGUACAAUUACAGCGAGUCAGUUGCCAAUCCUGGAUGAAGCAAGCACCUAUCCACUAGUGGAGGCAUAUUUCAAAUACGUCCACGUUGAGAUGCCAAUCCUUGACAAAGACCAAUUUUGGGGGCUUUAUGAUCACCAUAUUGGAGCUGGUCUGAAUGUGGGCUGUGACUCUGCACUAUGUCUUGCAGUUCUUGCAUUAGGAUCAGCAGCUCUCGAGCAAGUCGACCCGACAAAGUCUAGCUCUCCAUACUGGGUGCCUGGGGCAAAUUUUAUUUCACCUGCAUUGCAGAUAUUGAUGAACGAAUAUCUACUGUCGUUCUGUCCCACGAUCACUCUUCCCCAGAGCUUGAUACUCAUUUCAAAAUAUUUUGGGUUUCUUUUGCGUCCCUUGCAAUCAUGGAAACUGAUCCAUAUGGCUUCUACCAGUAUCCAGUAUCUGAAUAGCCGAAGCCAAGCUUCGCCAGAUAAUCACGAGCUCAAAUCCAGCAUCAUACUACUUUCAUGGGCAGCGUUCGACACCGAGUGGUUAGUUUCCUGGUUUCAUUCAGAUAAACACGUUUACGCUGACAUUGAUGAUAGUGACCUGAUAGCUGAACACCAUUUACCACGAAGUGGUAUCGAACAUGUAAUUGAUUUGACACCCUUCCCAAGCUUUGCAAACCAUGAUGCCCAAGAAACACACGUCUUCCUUGCUGAGCUUUCUGUCCGUCGUCUGCUCAACAGAGUACACCACACUAUGUACGGAAGUGACUGGACAAGGCGCAGCCUUGGUCUACAGCCAGCUUCAAGCGACAGCCCGUCGUAUGACUUCCAGUCACUCUCUACAAUCCUGAAUGUCUCUCAAGAGCUUCACAGACAACUUGAUAAUUGGUUUGAAUUGUUACCGCGAACAAUUAAACCAGAUAUUAACGAUCCGUCUCGAUGUACUGGCCUUCAACUCAAUAUGCUCCACCGCUUUCACUCCGCCAAGGAUAUUAUAACCAGACCAUUCCUUCUUUGUGCAAUUGACUCGUCGCCUGAGAAUGAUCUUCCACCUAUGGUACUCAAGCAGUGCGAGUCAAGUAUAGCCAAUUGUCGGGCGUAUCUUGAUGCCUCGGCGCGAAGACUGAUGGGCCCGACAUUUUGCGCGGAGAUCAUUAUUCAUACGAUGUUUUCUUCAAUUCUUCUCCUGACCCUAGGCUCUGUUUGUCCGGCUUUGGCGCAUUUGGUACCAGAUAUUGAUACUCUCCAAAAGAACACCAUAGACAAUCUCGAGCGAUUUGCCGUGGAUGGCUCUUUGAUGCAGGAGAUUCAUGGAAUCAUUACAUUGUUGCAAAGUAAGACACGAGUUCUCAGGCGGGCUAUGUAG